ACAUAGUCGUACUGCUCCGUCUACAGUCGCAUAUCAACAUGGAAAGUUGACACAUCCAGCUCUGAAUCGAAGAUCGACACAGUCUUAACAAAAAGUCUGACUUAGGCUUUAUUCUGCUGAAAAAAAAUGGAUAUUAGUUAUCGAAGGAGCCUGUCUGAGGGCAUUAUGCUUGAGGAUAAUGACCCUGGAUAUGUUCAUUUCUCUGGAAACCACCCUAAUGAAAUUCAACGAGGAGAUGAAAUGGUCGGUUCCACAAAAAAAUCAGCAAUCGACAUACUGAAACUAAUUGAACCAUACAAUGGCAGGAAUCAAGGGCUGUCUAAGUCAGCCAUGAGACCCAGUAAAAGUCUGGGAAAUUUGGAUAACAGUAUCAAAGCUCCAGAAGAGCUACACAACGACACUUACAACAGGCUUUACAAUGCUAAAGUCAGGAGGUUUCUAAAACAAAAACCACAAGGAAAAAGUCAAGAGGAUAUGAGCAACCCUUUAACUAGUCAUCUGAGACUGGGAAGGUAUGAUGCUGCGGACAUUGACCUGAAAGGCCCAAGACUAGACAUGAAAUCUGAAAAGUCUAACCUCCAAAUCAGCCAUGAUACUGAUGUUACAGGAGGCUUCAUGGGGUCCGAAGGACCUGACAUUGAUGUGAGAGGACACUUAGAAAGGCCAGACUUGAGUUGGUCUUCUGGUAAAUUUGAUGCAGAUUAUGAUGUUACUUAUAUGAACAUUGAUGGACCCAAAGCAAACCUUAAAGGUGUAUCACUUCCAGAUAUGGACCUACCAUAUGGGACAUCAAAAAUGCCCAAAUUCAAGGCACCCGAGAUGGAUCUCUCUUUGUCUAAAAUGAAAGGACAGAUAAAUUCACCAAAUCUUACAACCCCAGAUUUAGAUGUUAAUGUCCCAACUGGUAAAAUUAAAGGACCAAAGGCUGAUAUCAGAUCACCUGAAUUUGACAUUGAUGCUCCUUCAGGGAAUUUAAAAAUGCCAACUAUCAAAGGCCCCAACAUAAAAGGAGACAUAGGUUCACAAAACAUGAAUUUGGCUUUCCCUGGCUCAGAUUUAAAAGGACCAAAACUAGACGUGGAAUCCCCUGAUGUUGACAUUGAAGGUCCUUCCGGAAAUCUCAAAAUACCCAAAAUAAAAACACCCAAAUUUAACAUUCCAGGUUUUAAAGGCCCUGACCUUGAUGUCAAAGGAGACUUGAAUGGCCCAGAUUUGAGCAUGUCCUCUCCUAAAUUUAAUGCAAAUAUUAAUGGCCCUGACCUUGACAUUGAUGGACCUACUGCAGACAUUAAAGGUGUGACACUUCCAGAUAUGGAUCUACCUUCUGGGAAAUCAAAAAUGCCCAAAUUUAAGAUGCCUGAUUUUGGACAGUCAAAAAUAAACGCAAAGGCACCUGAAAUGGAUCUCUCUUUGCCUAAAAUGAAAGGACAAAUAAAUUCACCAAAUCUCACAGCCCCAGAUUUAGAUGUUGAUGUCCCAACAGGUAAAAUUAAAGGCCCAAAGGCUGAUAUCAGUGCACCUGAUUUUAACAUUAAUGCUCCUUCGGGGAAAAUUAAAAUGCCAAAUAUCAACGGCCCCAGCAUAAAGGGAGACAUAGGUUCACCAGACAUGAAUUUGGCUUUUCCUCAAGCAGAUAUAAAAGGGCCAAAACUAGAUGUUGAAACCCCAGAUAUUGGCAUUGAUGGUCCUUCUGGAAAAUUUAAAAUGCCUAAAAUGAAAACACCCAAAUUUAGCAUGCCUGGUAUUAAAGGACCUGACCUCAGUGUCAAAGGAGAUUUGAAAGGCCCGGAUUUGAGCAUGUCCACUCCUAAAUUUAAUGCAGACAUUAAUGGUUCUGAUAUUGGCAUUGAUCAACCCAAAGCUAACAUUAAUGGCAUGGACCUUCCAAAUGUACACUUGCCAUCAGGUAAAACAAAAUCACCCAAGUUUAGGUUUCCUGGUUUUGGACUCUCAGGGCCUAAAGUCAAAGCACCUGAAGCUGAUCUUUCACUCCCUAAAGUGAAAGGACCGAAUAUUAAAACCCCAGAUUUUGAUGUAGAUGUCCCAACAGGUAAAAUUAAAGGACCAACUCUUAAAGGCCCAAAGGCUGACAUUAAGGCACCUGAAUUUGACAUUAAUGCUCCUUCAGGGAAAAUUAAAAUGCCAAAUAUCAAUGGCCCCAGCAUAAAGGGAGACAUAGGUUCACCAGACAUGAAUUUGGCUUUUCCUCAAGCAGAUAUAAAAGGGCCAAAACUAGAUGUGGAAACCCCAGAUAUUGGCAUCGAUGGUCCUUCCGGAAAGCUUAAAAUGCCCCAAAUGAAAACACCUAAAUUUAGCAUUCCUGGUAUUAAAGGAACUGACCUCGGUGUCAAAGGAGAUUUGAAAGGGCCGGAUUUGAGCAUGUCCUCUCCUAAUUUUAAGGCAGGUAUUAAUGGUCCUGACCUUGAUAUUCAUGGACCCAAAGCUAAUGUUAAUGGCAUGGACCUUCCAAAUGUACACUUGCCAUCAGGUAAAACAAAAACACCCAAGUUUAGGUUGCCUAGUUUUGGACUCUCAGGACCUAAAGUUAAAGCACCAGAUGCUGAUCUUUCACUGCCUAAAGUGAAAGGACCAAAUCUAAAAAGCCCAGAUUUUGAUGUAAAUGUCCCAACAGGUAAAAUUAAAGGACCAACUCUUAAAGGCCCAAAGACUGAUAUCAAUGCACCUGAUUUUAACAUUAAUGCUCCUUCAGGGAAAAUUAAAAUGCCGAAUAUCAACGGCCCCAGCAUAAAAGGAGACAUAGGUUCACCAGACAUGAAUUUGGCUUUCCCUCAAGCAGAUAUAAAAGGGCCAAAUCUAGAUGUGGAAACCCCAGAUAUUGGCAUUGAUGGUCCUUCUGGAAAACUUAAAAUGCCUAAAAUGAAAACACCCAAAUUUAGCAUUCCUGGUAUUAAAGGACCUGACCUUGGUGUCAAAGGAGAUUUGAAAGGGCCAGAUUUGAGCAUGUCCUCUCCUAAUUUUAAUGCAGAUAUUAAUGGUCCUGACCUUGAUAUUCAUGGACCCAAAGCAAACCUUCCAAAUGUACACUUGCCAUCAGGUAAAACAAAAACACCCAAGUUUAGUUUUCCUAGUUUUGGACUCUCAGGACCUAAAGUCAAAGCACCUGAGGCAGAUCUUUCACUGCCUAAAGUGAAAGGACCAAAUCUUAAAAGUCCAGAUUUUGAUGUAGAUGUCCCAACAGGUAAAAUUAAAGGACCAACUCUUAAAGGCCCAAAGGCUGACAUCAAGGCACCUGAAUUUAACAUUGAUGAUCCCUCUGGAAAAUUGAAAAUGCCAAAUGUCAAAGGUCCCAACAUUAAAGGUGGUAUGGGUUCACCAGACAUGAAUUUGGCCUUCCCUGAAGCAGAUUUAAAAGGGCCAAAACUAGAUGUGGAAUCCCCAGAUUUUAACAUUGAUGGUCCAUCUGGGAAACUUAAAAUGCCUAAAAUGAAAACACCCAAAUUUAGCAUUCCUGGUUUUAAAGGACCUGACCUCGGUGUCAAAGGAGAUUUGAAAGGGCCGGAUUUAAGCAUGUCCUCGCCAAAGUUUGAUGGGGACAUUAAUGGUCCUGACCUUGAUAUUCAUGGACCCAAAGCAAACCUUCCAAAUGUACACGUGCCAUCAGGUAAAACAAAAACACCCAAGUUUAGUUUUCCUAGCUUUGGACUCUCAGGACCUAAAGUCAAAGCACCUGAGGCAGAUCUUUCACUGCCUAAAGUGAAAGGACCAAAUCUUAAAAGUCCAGAUUUUGAUGUAGAUGUCCCAACAGGUAAAAUUAAAGGACCAAAUCUUAAAGGCCCAAAGGCUGACAUCAAGGCACCUGAAUUUAACAUUGAUGCUCCCUCUGGAAAAUUGAAAAUGCCAAAUGUCAAAGGUCCCAACAUUAAAGGUGGUAUGGGUUCACCAGACAUGAAUUUGGCCUUCCCUGAAGCAGAUUUAAAAGGGCCAAAACUAGAUGUGGAAUCCCCAGAUUUUAACGUUGAUGGUCCUUCUGGAAAACUUAAAAUGCCCAAAAUGAAAACACCCAAAUUUAGCAUUCCUGGUAUUAAAGGACCUGACCUCGGUGUCAAAGGAGAUUUGAAAGGGCCGGAUUUAAGCAUGUCCUCGCCUAAGUUUGAUGGGGACAUUAAUGCUCCUGACUUUUACAUUAAUGGACCCCAAGCUAACAUUAAUGGCAUGAAACUUCCAAAUGUGUCCUUAUCAUCAGGUAAAACAAAAACACCCAAAUUUAAGCUGCCAAGUCUUGGACUGUCAGGACCUAAAAUCAAAGCACCUGAGGCAGAUCUUUCACUGCCUAAAGUGAAAGGACCAAGUCUUAAAACCCCAGAGUUUGAUGGUAAUUUCCCAACAGGUAAAAUUAAAGGACCAACUCUUAAAGGCCCAAAGGCUGACAUCAAGGCACCUGAAUUUAACAUUGAUGCUCCCUCAGGAAAAAUUAAAAUGCCAGAUAUUAAAGGCCCCAAUAUUAAAGGUGAAAUGAGUUCACCAGACAUGAAUUUGGCUUUCCCUGAAGCAAAUUUAAAAGGGCCAAGGCUUGAUGUGGAAUCUCCUGAUUUUGACAUUGAUGGUCCUACAGGAAAACUCAACAUGCCUAAAAUUAAAACACCCAAAUUUAGCAUUCCUGGUUUUAAAGGACCCAACCUCGAUGUCAAGGGAGACCUGAAAGGCCCGGAUUUGAGCAUGUCCUCUCCCAAAUUCAAUGCAGAUAUUAAUGGUCCUAAUGUUGACAUUGAUGAACCAAAUGCUAAUGUAAAUGGCAUAAAACUUCCAAAUGUGUCCUUACCAAAAACACCUAAGGUUAAGUUGCCUGGAUUCUCAGGACCUAAAGUCAAAGCACCUGAGGUGGAUCUCUCACCACCUAAGAUGAAAGGUCAGAUAAACUCACCAAGCCUUAAUGUGCCAGGUUUAGAUAUUGAUGUCCCAACUCUUAAAGGCCCAAAGGCUGAUAUCAAGGCACCUGAAUUUAAUAUUAAUUCUCCCUCAGCAAAAAUGGCAAAUAUCAAAGGACCCAACAUUAAAGGACAAUUGGAUUCACCAUACAUGAAUUUGGCUCUCCCUGAAGCUAAUGUGGAAGGGCCUAAACUAGAUAUGAAAUCGUCUGAUAUUGAUAUUGAUGGUCCUACAGGAAAAAUCAAAAUGCCAAAAAUUAAAACCCCAAACUUGAACCUGCCAGGUUUUAAAAGCCCUGACAUUGAUGUAACAGGAGACUUAGAAAGGCCUGAUUUUGGACUCUCAAAUGCGAAGGCACCUCAGAUGGAUCUCUCUUUGCCUAAAAUAAAAGGAGAGAUCAAUUCACCAAAUCUCACUGCCUCAGGUAUAGAUCUUGAUGUCCCAACAGGUAAAAUUAAAGGACCAGAUAUUCAUGCACCUGAGUUCGAGAUUGAUGCUCCAACUGGAAAAAUUCAAAUGCCACACAUCAAAGGCCCCAGCAUAAGGGGUGACAUGGGUUUACCAGACAUGAAUUUGGCUUUCCCUAAAACAGAUAUAAAAGGGCCAAAUCUGGACAUGAAAUCCCCAAAUAUUGACAUUGAUGGUCCCACAGGAAAAAUUAAAUUACCCAAAGUAAACACUCCAAACUUUGGCCUUUCAGGCUUUAAGGGACACGAUCUUGAUAUACAAGGAGACUGGGAAGAACCAGAUUUGAACUUGGCAUCCAAAAAAAUUAAUUCAGUAUAUGAAGCACCUGACAUUAACAUUGAUUCAAGAAAUCGUAGUUUAGAAGGUCCCAAAACAGACUUUACAUUUCCAAAUGUUGACAAUUUUAAAAUGCCUGAACUAAAGAUGCCCAAAUUAGGACUCUCUAGUCCUAAAUUAACAGCCCCAGAGAUGGAUGUAUCACUUCCUAAAAUUAAGAGAGAUAAUUCAGCAGACUUUACUAUCAAAGACUAUAAACCAUCCAGUACAUCAAAAUUUGACAUUCAAGGAUUUAAUGAGCCUGGGCCUCAUUUGAACGUAUCUACAAUGGAUUCUGAGUUAGGGAUUCCUGAGUAUGACAUUUAUGGACCUACAACUAAUCUUAGAGGUCUCAAAACAGAUCUUACAAAUCCAGCCACUGACUUGCCAUCAGGCAAAAUAAACAUGCAUGAUGGCAGUGACAAAUCUGACAUAAAAUAUCACAGGGAUAAAGAUGCAUCAUAUGGAAGUUUGAACUUUGCAAAUGACAUUGAAGCUUUAGUAUCAUCCAUAGAAUUUGAGGUACCAAAACAACCCUUAAAGGGAAGCUCAAAGUUUAAACUGCGAACGCAAGUUUAAUGAGAAAAAGAAAUGAUUGCUUUAAUGCACUUUAUGAAAAAUAUAUUAGGGUUAUAUGAAUAGUCACAUGUACA